AUGGCAUCCCAGUACCAACAAACUCAAAACGCCUCCUCCCAGCCAGAUUUGUUUAUUGUCCAUCUGCAGAGCAUCUCGCGAAACGUGCAACGUGAAAACGUGCCAAACAUACCCUGGCAUGUUGUUCUCAUCCAGUCUUCUCGCCGAAUUCUGGACCCUCCCUGCCCCAACUGGGCCCCGAAGUCCCCAAAUUCCCACCAUGAUCCCUUCGCUGUGUCUCAAGCCCGCCUGUCCCCUUGUCCCCCUGCCCGUCUGGCAGACUCUCUUUAUUGCUCACUCUUUUCCUUCGACGACUAAUUCGCGCCCGUGCGAUUAGACAUAAGACCGAAAGAGAGGGAAAGAGGGUAAGAGGGGGAAAAAAGAGAAAUAGAAAAAAGAAAAGAUGAGGACUUCACUGGCCUCAUCCGCCCUGGCCUUGGCCUUGGCGGGCGUCGUGAGCGCCGUGCCACAGAAAGUCGACGAAGACCACCUGUAUAGCUCACGCCUCGCCAAACGUGGUCUCGAUGCCGACGGAAACUUCAACGUCUCCUUCUUUCACAUCAACGAUGUCCACGCUCACCUAGACGAAUUCUCCUCUUCCGGCGCAGACUGUACCAACCCGUCCCGCGGCUGCUACGGCGGCUAUGCCCGCGUCAAGCAUACCGUCGAUGAGCUGCGUCCCCUCUACGAGGACUCCCUGUGGCUCAACGCCGGCGACGAGUUCCAGGGCACCCUCUUCUACACCUACUACCGAGGCGAGAAGAUCGCCGAGACCAUCAACCAGCUCGGCUUCGACGCCAUGACCCUCGGCAACCACGAAUUCGACGGCGGCGACGACGAGCUCGGCGAGUUCCUCCUCAACCUGACCUUCCCCGUCAUCUCCGCCAACAUCCAGUCCAACCACACCGCCCUCAACCAGACCAUCAUCCCCUACAAGAUCUUCGAGGACCAGGGCGUCGCCAUCAUCGGCGCCACCACCCCGACCACCCGCAACAUCGCCAACCCCGGCCCGGGCACCCGCUUCCUCGACGUCGUCGACUCGGUCCAGGCCUGCAUCGACGAGAUCCGCGCCACCACCGACAUCAAGCGCAUCGUCGCCCUCACCCACAUCGGCUACGCCGAGGACCAGGCCCUGGCCGCCGCCACCUCGGGCCUCUCCCUCGUCAUGGGCGGCCACUCCCACACCCCGCUCGGCGACCUGCACCCGAACCCCCAGGGCGACUACCCCACCGUCGUCCAGGGCCGCGACGGCCACGACGUCUUCGUCGUCCAGGCCUGGCGCUGGGGCGAGUACGUCGGCUACAUCGACGUCAGCUUCGACGCGGACGGCCACCCGGUCUCGUACCACGGCGGGCCCAUCCACUUGGACAACACCACCGCCCAGGACGCCGCCCUGCAGGCCCAGAUCGACGAGUGGCGCGGGCCCUUCGAGGAGUUCGCCGGCGUCGUCGUCGGCUACACCAACGUCGACCUCGUCCAGGCCACGUGCCAGACCGAGGAGUGCACCCUGGGCAACGUCAUGGCCGACGCCAUGUACGAGUACCGCCUCGAGACCAGCGAGGACCGCCCGCCCGACUUCGCCCUCAUCAACGCCGGCGGCAUCCGCGCCGCCAUCGAGGCCGGCAACGUCACCCGCGGCCAGGUCCUCACCUCGUUCCCCUUCGGCAACGCCAUCACCGAGCUCACCUUCUCCGGCGCCGACGUCCGCCGCCUGCUCGAGGGCUGCGUCAGCCGCGUCAACCAGUUCAACGGCGAGCCCAUCACCUCGGGCUUCCAGGUCUCCGCCUCCGUGCGCCUGCGCUACAACCCGGCCCUCGACCCGGGCGAGCGCAUCGUCUCGCUGCUGAUCGACGGCGAGGAGGUCGUCGACGACGAGGACUACAUCGUCGUCACCCUGGACUUCCUCGCUGGCGGCGGCGACAACAUGUUCGAGCUCACCACCGACUACGUGCCCCUCGACCUGCAGGACGAGGUUCUCAUCCGGUACCUCGGGAACAACAGCCCCAUCGAUGCCGAGAUAGAGGGCCGUUUCGAGGCGACGGACGAACUCCCUGGCCCGGAGCCUACCUCGUCGGCUGCCCCUCCCACCUCGACCCGCACGUGCAUCCCCCGCCCUAGGGUGACCGGCCUGUAGACGUUUGUCUAUUGUCUACUGUCUUUUUGCUUGCAAGCCGUGUAUGGAUAGUCGGAUAGUGCAAGUCGGGGAGGAGAAUAGACGAAAUUAAUUAUUAUACUUAGUGCUAGCUAGUAGAAACAAUCAG